AAAAAAAAUAUUUGGAUUUUCUUCUUUUCGCCUUCGCCUUCUUCUGUGUGUCCAACAAAAAAAAAAAAUUCAAUUCAAAUUUUUCUUCUCGAUUCGCUUCGAAUAUUCGUCGUUCGUUUCUCGUCGUACAUAUUUUCGCUUCAUUCGUUCGUUCGUUCAUCGUUGGGUUUCUUUCUUUUCUCUUGUAAUAAUAUAAAAUUGUGUGUGCGAGAGUUUUGUAUAGUGUAUAUAUUGCGAGUGAGUGUAUAUGUGUGUGUUAGUGUGGGGCGAGCGAGCAAACGAACAAAAAUUAAUACUUCUCAUCUGUUCUAUCUCACCAUAAGCGAUAUGCGCCCUAGCAAACUGACUGAAUAAGAACUAUUAACGGCGAAGAGAUUUUCAAAGAUUCAAGUUGAAUGCAAAACAAAGAUCGAUGCAGUUGUUAGAAAGUUAGAAUGAAAAAGCUAUAUAUGUACUCACACAGUGGACCACAAAAAUCGCAAUAAAUAUUAUUUUCCUUUUUUUUCUCAAUAAGAUUCGGGGAUCGUCGGAUCAGUUGGUUUUUCUUCACACUCACUUAGUUUUUAAUUCGCCUUGACAAGCGAAUUAAAAAAAAAAAAACUUAAUUGUUGUUAAGUUUUUUUUUGUUUUUUUUUUCUUCCGGAAAAAGAAAUUUUUUUUUAAUUUUCGAAAUUAAAUUUUUCGAAAUAUGCAAGUGUUUUUAUUUGAAUAAAUAUUUUCAUAUUCAAUAAUAAAUAAGACCAAAAUGUUCAAUGUAUGUGUUUGUAGAUAGUUUUUGCUUGAUAUGACAACUCUCGAAUCGAAUGGGUGAAAUUUUCUCUUUUUCCUCAUCAUCGUCGCUACUGUCGCUGCUCGACUCGCUCGCCAUCGCCAUGACCAUCAUCGCCGCCGCAGUCUUUGCAUUCGCAUUCUUCUUGAAUUUGAGACUUUCUUGCUCUCUUUUUGAUUUGAGUUUAGUUCUGAUUUUAUGAUAAAAGUUAUUAACUUCCUCAUCAAACAAAAAUGUCCUAAAAAAUGCCCUUAAAAUUUCCCAAAAAAAUUGUCUUAAAACUCAAGGCCAUUUAUUUGGCAAAGGAACAAACUUGAGUCUAAACCCGCGUUUCUAACUCUCUUAGCAGCAAAACCAGCAACAUUUAAACCAUCAGCAAAACUAAGUAAAAAAAAAAAACUUAAAAAAAAUGUGCAAAUGGAGGAAACGCAAAACCUCAAUAGUUUUUUCAUUUUUCUUAAAAACAAAUACAAAAGAACUUAAAAAAUGAAAAAAAAUGCAGUUCAAAAACUGUUUUCUAAAAAAAAACAAAAAAACACUAUACGAAUUUUCCUUGCAAUUUUUUAAAUAAGGAAAAAAAAAUCAGCCUAAAAAUAUGCAAUAUAUUUUUAUGCCCGUAAACAUUAUUUUUUGUGUUUUUUAUUUUGUGUUUUAAAAACUAAAAAAAAAAACUUCUUUAAUGUGAUGAUUGUCGUCGUCUCUUUGGAAUCUAAUUAUAAAUAUCGUCGAAUAAAUAAAUAAAAAAAAAAUAAUGAAAAUGUUAAGCCAUCUUUUUGGAUAGAACAGAAAACUAAACCAAAAGAAAUUUCAAAAAACAGAAUUUUAAAAAAAUCGUUGUUUAAGUUAACAACAAAAAAAAAAAUAAACUUUAAAUUGCAUUUUCAUUUUUGUGAAAAAAAAACAAAGAACAAACUAUAAACAAUAUAAGUGCUUAAGAGUUAAAAAAAAAUACAAAAAAAUCAAUCUCACCUCACAAUGGCGGAUCACCUGGAUGAGCCGCCUCAAAAGCGGGUUAAAAUGGAGCGCUUUCCCCAAUCGUCCAGUGAUGCCGCGGAAGUUCUAUCAAAUAUAUUUGGUCUUGAGGACAAUCUACCAGAUGAAUUGGUCUCAACAGGUAAUGCGUGGGGCGAUCAGAUGGGCGGAGGUGGUAAUAAACCACCAGCCCAAGGACCCGGGCCAGGUGGCCCACAAAUGAAUGGUGGCGAUGAUCCUAGUGGAGGAGUUUCAAAUAAUACUUUGCGUCAGUUGCAUCAUCAACAUCAUUUGCAGCAGUUAUUGCAACAACAGGGUAAUAAAAAUGCUAUGGUUGGUAAUACUAUGGGUCUUAAUCAAUUGGGAAGUAAAAGUCCAAAUUUGCAAUCACCAACGGGAAUGCAAGGUGGAAUGCAAGGCAAUAUGGCAAUGGUUAAUCCGAUGCCUAUGUCAAUAUCGAAUAAUGGAACACAGACGAUUAAUGCAAUGCCUGGAAUGAAUAGCAUUGCUCAGGGUAACAUAGGAAACAUGGUUAUGACCAAUAGUGCUAUGGCUUCUGGUGGUAUAGGUGGCGGAUCAAUGGCAGCAUCUCAAGGCGUAAUGGUUAAUGCACUGAAACAACAUAUUAACACCGGACCUAUGAUGGGACCAGGUAAAGUCCCAGGCGCUGGCCCCGCAAAUCAUCAAGGAAUUCAUCAUCAGCAGGCAAUGCAAAAUGGCCCACUUAUGACAACUGCUGCAAUCGGUGUUGGUGGUCGCAUGGUCGGGCAACAACACAUGAUUCGUGGUCCCAACCCGCAUCAGCUGAUGGGUGCCGGACCAGGUGGUGGUCCUCGAAUGCAAAAUCCAAACAUGCCAAUUGGUAAGUUGAACGUAAUAGAGAACCAAUCGACCACAAACGAAUUGUUAUCUCGAAAAUUUGCGAUUCGACCAGGUCAAAUAAAUAGUAUGGGGGGAGGACCGAACGGACCCUAUGGCUAUGUUAAUGCUGGUCCACAGAGUGUUAGUGUUAAUGUAAACCCUGGAGGUGGGGGUGGACCAUCACCACAACAACAAAUGCUGGUUAAUCAGAUUACACAACAACAGCGUGUACCACCUAGUAUGCAACAAGCAAUGCAGGGAAAUCGACCUGGGGGCCCCAUUGGUACCAAUAUUGGUCUCGUCAGCGUUGGGAAUGAUGGUAGCGGAAUCGUUGGAGGCCCCCAACAACAACAGCAGCAGCAGCAACAACAACAGCAGCAACAACAACAGCAACAACAGCAGCAGCAGUUGACAAAUCCGCAACAGCAACUCAAUCCGAAUCAAGCACCGCAAGUAGUUUUAGGAGGGCCAGCGCCAGGAAGCGUACAACAGCGUCCACCACAGCCAGGUCAAAUGCAACAACCGCAACCAGGUACUUCACAAGGGCCUCCUCAACAUCCACUUCCGAUCGCGCGAAAAAAGCAAAUUCAGCAGCAAUUGAUGAUUUUGCUGCAUGCUCACAAGUGCAGUCGCCGCGAAGCUGCUAACCCCAAUAGAGAGAAGUGUACUGUAUUUCACUGUAAGAUAAUGCAGGAUGUGUUGGCUCACAUGGCAAAUUGCAAGGACAGCAAGGACUGUACCGUCCAGCACUGCACUUCCUCGCGACAGAUACUUCUCCAUUACAAGACUUGCACCAAAAGUGAUUGUAUAAUUUGCUUCCCCUUUCGACAAACUCAUCAACUUGUUGGCAGCGGUGGAAACGCCGGUGGGGAUAAUAAACAACAACAACAGCAACAACAACAGCAGCAGCAACAACAACAGCAAGUCCAACAACAAGUGCAACAGCAACAACAACAGCAGCAACAACAACAACAGCAGCAGCAGCAACAACAACAACAACAGCAGCAACAACAACAACAAGCUGUUCCAGGAAACUCGCAGCAAAACGUCGGCAACCAGAACGCUCAAGGUCCGGGAUCAGUGGGUGCUGUACCUGUGGGACCCCAAAUGAGUAUUAAACCAAAUGCUGGAGACAUGCAACCGCAGCAAAUGCAAACCUCAAAUCCGAACCAAGAAAUACGCCGUUUCGACAGCAUGGGUAUGCAGGGCGCCGUAUCAUCCGCUCCAACCAACAUCAUGCAGGCCAACGCAAAUGCCCCUCAGGUACCACAAGGAAUGCGAAUUCAAGGACCACCAGUUAGGGUAGCCGCUCCCCCAAACGCUAAUGUUCUGUCUAACAACUUGCUGAUGAGCAACAACGAUAUUCAAAAUGGCAACAACCCCAAUCAGCAGUUGUUGGUGCCAGGAGCCGGAAAUCAUGUUGUCACGCUGAACGCCCAACAAGGAGGUCCCCAACAAGGUGCACAUCAAUUGACCAAUAUGCAACAGCAACAACAACAGCAAACCCAGGCAAACAUUCCACUUUCUGUGAACGUUCACAGUUUUAGCAAUUCCAAUACCGUCGACGGUGGAGGUUCUAACAAAUCACAACAGAUGGCACCCAGUCAAAUGGCCCAAAUGCAAAUUCAGGCUCAUGCAGCUGUUGCCGCAGCAGCAGCAUCGGCAAACGCAGCUGCAAAUAACGUUUCUGGUGGACUUCUUUCGCAAAGCUCAUCGUUGCCAGCGUCUUCCGGAGCUGGUGAUAAUGAGAAAGAUUGGCGUGAAUCGGUUACAACGGAUUUACGAAAACACCUAGUCCACAAACUGGUUCAAGCAAUAUUUCCCACAUCUGAUCCCGCCACUAUGCAGGACAAACGAAUGUUCAAUCUCGUGUCUUACGCAGAGAAAGUUGAAAAAGAUAUGUACGAAAUGGCAAAGUCCCGAUCCGAAUACUAUCACUUGCUUGCUGAAAAAAUCUAUAAAAUCCAAAAAGAACUUGAAGAGAAACGUCUCAAGCGCAAAGAACAACAACUACUGCAGAUGCAACAACAACAGCAACAAGCCGGACCAGGUGGUCCAAGUCAGCAACAGCAACAAUUGCCAGGGCACCAACAGCAAAUCCGGCCAAACGUGUCUAUGGUUAAUCAAUUAGCCGCAAGCCAAGGAGGAAAUCCCAUGGCUAGUAUGAUGCAACGAGGUCAAGCACCUGGUAUGAUGCCACAGAACCCUGCUCAGCAGGCACCAGGAGUGCGAAGUCAUUCUCCAGCUGGAAUGCUUAAUGCAAUGCAGCAAAAUCGAAUGCAAUUUUCUAAUCAAGUGGGCUUGCAAAGUGGACCGCUUGGAAACUUAGUGGUAGGUCCACCUGGCCCAAGUCCAAAUGGGACCCCAACAUCACAGCAGAACUUGGUCAUACAGAAUGCAGUGCACUCGCCAUUUACGAGUGGCGGACAGACUGUAGGCGGAGGAGUACUCUCUCAGCCCGCAACAUCUCAAGGAUCUCAGCAGCAGCAGUUUAUCAAUGCAAAUGGAGGUGUGAGUCAGUUUAAUGAUUUGAUGAAAGCACGAAUGCAAAAUGCAGCCGCUGUUCAACAGCAGCAGCAGCAAGCAACUAGUCAAGUUGUCACCUCGGUAAAUCAAAAUAUUGUCAUGCCACAAUCUCCAUUCAACUCUGCUGGACAGAUUCAGAAUAACUCUGUGAAUGCGUUUGCACCGACAAUGCAGCAACAACAGCAACAACAACAGCAGCAACAACAACAGCAGCAACAACAACAACAACAACAACAGCAACAACAGCAGCAGCAACAACAGCAGCAACAACAGCAGCCGCAAAAAUCUGUUAGCGGUGGCAUGCCACCGACUCCCACUAGUCUGGAAUCACUGACUAAUGCGAAUACCACAAUGGCACCUUCUCCCUCACCGAGUUUUGUUAGUAACGGUCCAAUAGCCGUCAGUACUCCUAACCCUCCAUCAGUGUCCUCACUAAUGCAACCUAUGAGUGACCGCAACACACCACCAUUGAUGACAUCACCAUCGAAUACGGGAACAACUGUUACCCCAGCAACAACCCCCAAUAUGACCCAGAAGCAGCAACACCAGCAGCAGCAGCAGCAAAUGGGCAUGGGUAAAGGUGGUGGAGUUGGCUCAAAUAAUUCAGCACCUUCUAGACCGUCCUCCAGCUCAAACCUAUCAUCACAGAUGGCUGCCUUAGAAGCUGCUUCCCGCGACCAAGAUGACACACCACCAUCUCCAGACAACAACACCAACGCACCAAAAGGAAAGCUAGACUCCAUCAAACAAGAAGAUGAGAUUAAGAAGGAGUAUAUGGAUGAAAAUGGUGACAACAGUCAAAUGGACACAUCCUCAGGAGGUGGCUCUGCGGGUAUUGGCAAAAAUGUCAACAAAGAUGGCACUAAUGCAUCAUUCAUAAAAACCGAACCCAUGGAUACAGAUGACAGCACUAAUCAGGGCAAUGCCAGCGAGUUAGGUAUAAAAGAAGAAAAACCUGUCAUUAAAGAAGAAGGUUCAACAUCGAGCGCAGGUGCCCAAGGAAGCGACAAUAAACUCCAAAUUAAGCAGGAAGUCAAACCUGUGGUACCCGAACCGUUGGUUCCAACUGGUGAAAAGAAGAAGUGUGUUUUCAAUCCUGAAGAAUUGAAAAGGGCCUUAUUACCAACUCUCGAUAAGCUUCUUCGCCAUGAACCAGAGUCGGUUCAUUUCAAAUCGCCAGUGGAUCCUCAAGCUCUUGGCAUUCCCGAUUACUUUGAAAUUAUUAAGAAACCAAUGGACUUGGGGACAAUAAGAAAUAAUUUAAUGAAUGGAAUGUACAGUGAUCCUUGGGAGUAUGUCGAUGAUGUUUGGUUGAUAUUUGACAAUGCUUGGUUAUAUAAUCGCAAGACAUCACGUGUCUAUAGAUAUUGCACGAGGCUCUCGGAGGUUUUUGAACAAGAAAUUGAUCCAGUUAUGCAAGCAUUGGGAUACUGUUGUGGACGCAAGUACACAUUCAAUCCACAAGUGUUGUGUUGCUAUGGAAAACAAUUGUGUACCAUUCCUAGAGAUGCAAAAUACUACAGUUAUCAAAAUAGUCUAAAGGAUUACGGUGUUGCAUCUAACAGAUAUACAUUCUGCCAAAAAUGUUUCAACGACAUCAUCGGUGAUACGGUUACACUAGGAGACGAUCCACUGCAGUCACAAACACAAAUAAAAAAGGAUCAAUUUAAAGAAAUGAAAAAUGAUCAUUUGGAACUGGAGCCAUUUGUAGAUUGCCAGGAAUGUGGUCGAAAACAACAUCAAAUAUGUGUUUUGUAUUUAGAAACAAUUUGGCAAGGUGGAUUUGUGUGCGAGAAUUGUCUGAAGAAAAAGAACCAAAAGAGAAAAGACAAUAAAUUCAAUGCGAAAAGAUUGCCUCCAACCAAAUUGGGUGUAUAUAUUGAGACCAGAGUUAAUAACUUUUUGAAGAAAAAGGAGGCUGGUGCAGGAGAAGUUCACAUUCGUGUUGUGUCCAGUUCGGACAAAUAUGUAGAAGUUAAGCCGGGUAUGAGACGCCGCUUUGUAGAAGCAGGAGAACUUAAUGCUGAGUUCCCUUAUAGAGCGAAAGCUCUAUUUGCCUUUGAAGAGGUCGAUGGGGUGGAUGUGUGUUUCUUUGGAAUGCACGUUCAAGAAUAUGGCUCUGAAUGCCCGGCACCAAAUACAAGACGAGUCUAUAUUGCUUAUCUUGAUUCGGUACACUUCUUUCGACCACGUCAAUACCGUACAUCUGUGUAUCAUGAGAUCCUGUUAGGUUAUAUGGAUUAUGUGAAGCAACUUGGCUACACAAUGGCUCACAUCUGGGCGUGUCCACCCUCUGAAGGCGAUGAUUACAUUUUCCACUGCCAUCCAACCGAUCAGAAAAUACCAAAACCAAAGCGAUUACAAGAAUGGUAUAAGAAAAUGCUUGACAAGGGAAUGAUCGAGCGAACCAUUCAAGACUACAAAGAUAUUCUGAAGCAGGCUAUGGAAGAUAAGCUUACUUCUGCUGCAGAACUGCCCUAUUUCGAGGGUGAUUUUUGGCCGAAUGUUUUAGAAGAAAGUAUUAAGGAGCUCGAUCAAGAAGAGGAGGAAAAACGCAAACAAGCAGAGGCUGCCGAAGCCGCUGCUGCUGCUGCCAACGCGAUAUUCUCCCUUUCCGAAGAAAAUGAUACUAGCAGUGAUGGCAAAAAGAAGGGCCAGAAGAAAGCAAAGAAAUCAAACAAGUCCAAAGCAGCUCAACGGAAAAAUAAUAAAAAGUCAAAUGAACAACAAACAGGCAACGAUCUCACAGCGAAAAUAUACGCCACUAUGGAAAAACACAAAGAAGUAUUUUUCGUCAUCCGCCUGCAUUCCGCGCAAUCAGCAGCGAGUCUAGCGCCUAUUCAAGAUCCCGAUCCAAUUCAAACAUGCGAUUUAAUGGAUGGUCGGGAUGCAUUUUUGACAAUGGCACGCGAUAAGCAUUAUGAAUUUUCAUCGUUGCGUCGAGCGCGGUUUUCAACACUUUCGAUGCUUUACGAAUUGCAUAAUCAAGGACAAGACAAGUUCGUCUACACUUGCAACAACUGCAAAGCCGCUGUUGAAACAAGAUACCAUUGCACUGUUUGCGAUGACUUUGACCUUUGCACUGUUUGCAAAGAUAAAGUGGGACAUCCACAUAAGAUGGAAAAAUUGGGUUUCGAUUUGGACGAUGGAUCUUCACCAGCAGAUCUGAAACAAGCAAAUCCACAAGAGGCGAGAAAGCAAUCCAUUCAACGUUGCAUUCAAUCUCUUGUGCAUGCUUGCCAGUGCAGAGAUGCAAAUUGUCGGUUGCCAUCGUGCCAAAAGAUGAAGCGUGUUGUUCAGCAUACGAAGAAUUGCAAGCGAAAAACAAAUGGUGGUUGUCCCAUUUGCAAGCAACUUAUUGCAUUAUGCUGUUAUCAUGCUAAGCACUGUCAAGAACCAAAGUGCCCUGUGCCGUUUUGUGCCAAUAUUAAGCAUAAGCUUAAACAACAACAAUUGCAACAAAGGUUACAACAAGCACAAUUACUUCGUCGUCGUAUGGCUGUGAUGACAAGAACAGCGACGAAUCCAGCUUUCCAAUCUGGUGUUGCGGUACCUGGUCCAAUGCCCGGAGCACCAAUGAUUGCAGCCGGUGGCAAUCCUGGAGGAAUGAGUCCUCAUCAAGCUGUGCCAUCGCCUGUCUCUUCGUCUUUAGGUGGUAUGAGCAGUCCUCAUCAGCAAGGAAUAGGAAUGAAGCCAGGAGGUCAUUCUCCAUCGCCAAACGUCUUACAGGUGGUUAAACAAGUACAAGAAGAAGCUGCGCGGCAACAAGUUCCUCAUGCAGGAGGUUUUGGGAAAGUUGCACCAGCCCCACAAAUGCCUCCUGCUGUUAUGCAACGCCAUCUGGGUGUAGUUCCUAAUCAACCCCAACCAGGUGUUGGCAUUCCAAUGGGAGGUGGACCAGUCGGUGGUAAUAAUCUUCUUUCAAUGGAUCAAUGGGGUAAUAGAUAUCCAAAUAACACCAACCAACCCAAUUUGAGGCCACCAAAUCAAAAUCAAGUUAUGCAACAAAAUCCAAUGCAACAACAGAAUAUGAUGGGCAUGGUUGGUGCUGGUCCAUCAAAUCAAAUGGGUGGUGCGAUGAGUGUGGGCGGUGUAAUGCGACCAACUGGUGGUCAAGCUGGUGCACCCACAUCCAAUGGGCCCCAAUUAAAUACUCAACAACUCUCACAAAUAAUGCAAAAAAUUAAAAAUAACCCAUCUAGUGAAGGUCACCAUCAAAUUCUACAGAUGUUGAAAUCGAAUCCUCAAAUUAUGGCCGCCAUCAUUAAACAACGUCAGCAGAGUCAGAAUUCUGGUGGAGGUGUGGCAGCUCUAAAUCAAGUGAAUGGACCCUUGCCACCUCAGCAGGUGAUGCAGCAAGGUGGUCAUAUGCAACACAUGAUUAACCAACAGCAACAACCUCAACAAAAUCAAGUUGUAAUGCCAAACCAACCUGGUGUGCCACACAGCAGAAUGCCGACGGCAAUGCAAAAUGCAAUGAUGGUGCAAGGAGGUGGCCAAAUUCAACAACAACAAGGCCCUGUUCAAAAUAAUCAGUGGUAUAAGACAAUGCAAAUGCGCCAAAUGCAAAUGCCGAGUUAUCCAGCCCCGCCAUAUCCACAACGCCCACGAGCACCCCAAAUGGUUGGUGGUUUCCAGAGUGGUGGUAAUUUCUCACCCGAUCAGUAUGCCAUGCAACAGGGUCUGAAAUCAAAUCAACCACAGGUGGGUGGAGUUGGUGGAGUAAUACCCACGGGCCAACAUGUUCAACAAGGAGUCCAAGGUAAUCCUCAUGUAAUGGGUCCACCAACGCCCUUGUCGAUGCAACAGCAACUGAUGCAAUCGGUUCGAUCUCCGCCUCCGAUCCGAAGCCCCCAGCCAACGCCUUCUCCACGUUCUGCGCCAUCACCUCGAGCUCAACCUUCUGCCUCACCUCGAGCUCAACCAUCUCCCCACCACAUGCCAAGCCACUCACCCGCGCCACAACCCGGUGACAUGCACAACCACAUGCACCCCCAUCAAUCACCGCUUCCUGGGGUUCCACAAGACGGAGUCGGAGGUGUAGUAGGCCCCGGUCCUGAUGCGCCUUCAAUGACUGCUCAGGAUCAAUUAACAAAAUUUGUGGAACAACUCUAGUAUAAUUAGAAGUAGGUAUUUUUCUAAACAAAAACAACAAGAAGCAAAUAUAUUUCUAUACAAAUGCGUACCACAAAAAAAAUGAAGAGAUAGAAAUGAUACUAAGAGCCCUUAUCGAAAUUUUAUCACUUCCAUUAUGUAAAACAAUUAAUUGUAAAACACGCAACUUAAUACUAUUAUCAUUCUAUUGUAGUUAUUAUUAACUAUUAAAACAAUUAGUAGUAUGUUUUUUUUUCAAUCCAAAUCCUCCUCCCCAAAAAUCCUUAACCAUACUCUCCUGCCCUUCUUGACUCUCCACCACUCCACUCUUGCUCUUUUAUGUGUAAAUAAAUAAAUACAUUAACUAGUUUAUUAAGAGAACCACAAAACCACACAAUGUAUAAAUAAGAAUAAAUUAUGUAUAAUUGUAUACAUCGAUAAUAUUUAAAAAAAAAAAAUAAUAAUAAUAAAUGUAUACACAAAAUCAAAAAGAAAGAAAAAAAAAUAAAAACUAAUGAUGACGUAGGUUAUAAGUAAAACCAAAAUGCGGAUUUCGGAAAUUCACCUUUUACAAAAAACAAAAAGAAAAUACAAAAAAAAAUAAUGUUCACUACUAUUUUUUUUUUUUUUUUUAUUUUAAUUUUUACAUCUGAUAUUCAUUUAUUCUCUAAGUUCUUAGUUGAAAAUAUUAAUUUUAAAUAUCAUAAUAAUUUAAUAGAAAAAAAAGAAACAAAUAAAUUAAAAAACAAAAAAACUGCAAACUGUUCGAAGAAAUACACAACAAAAAAUCUAACAACAACAAUUUAUUGUAUUUCAUGUUUACUAUUAUAAUAUUUAUGCAAUAAAACAUUUAUUUUUAUUUUUUUAUUAUUUUUUUUUUGUUUUCAAAGUAGAAUUAUAAAUAUAGUACAUUGUAAAAGAUAUAAAUAUUAAGUGUAUAACGAAAUAAUAUUAGCUGUAUAUAUAUGAAUAGUCUUAUAUAUAUAUAAACAAGAAAAAAAAGAUGAACAUCAUGGGGUUACAUUAAAAAAUAAUAAUAAUUAAAUAAUAAUAAUAAUAAUUGAUGACGUGCUUUAUUUUUUAAAAAAAUGGGAUUAAAAAAAAUUUCAUGCUAAGCUAAAAAACAAGUAUAAAGUAAGAAUUUAAAAUAUAUAGGGAUUAACGUAAUUUAACGAGCCACGGUUUUCUUUUUUGAUACGAUAAAUUAUAUAUAUAAAUAUAAAUUAAAUUAAAAACAAAAAAUAUGAAUAAAAGAAUAAAUUGUUUUUUCUUCUUCUUCGUCAUCCUUUCGUCGUGAUACAUGUCAAUAUGGAGGAGGAGGAAAUUAAAAUACAAAAUGAAUAUAAGGAAACAACAAGCUAUGAAUAAAAUUAUCUUUAAUUGUAAUUUAUAAAAAAAAAAACAGAAAUUAUUAUUAUAUAUUAUAUUGAAAUGCACUGUCUUGAAAAAAUAAAACGUUAUAAUUUAUAUAAAAAAAAAAAG